GCCCAAUCCCAUUCGUCUGCAUGGUUUCCGCGCGUGCUGCUUUCCGUCUAGUAAUUAUAUUUAAACGUCUUUGGGCUGGACAAACUACUCACUCGUGUGGAAGGCCGAGUAUACGGCAUCUGCAAGAAUCUUCAGUAUUGAAGGAGGCAGAUUAUCUUGAAGAAGAAGGCAAUACAUAAUAAGCAGCAUAUUAUGUUCUGGCGUUCAACAGGUUGGUUGUCUAUUCUGGUGUAGGGUACAGCGAAGCACGGGCUCGGAUUUCUUAUUUGUUUCCAAGAUAAAGGCAGACAGAAGACACUGGAAUCACCGGACUCAUAUUGCAUAAGUUCUCUAAUAGGCCUACUUUGUUUUUCGUUCCUGCAGAAAGAAAAAUAAGCAAAAUCCUCUCAUACGACCGUUGUCAUGACAAACUCCGAUGAUUUCCGUGUCUGGGGCAAGGAGAUGGUGGACUAUAUCUCGCGUUACCAGGACGGUAUCGAGGACCGCCCAGCCCUUGCCCAAGUGGCCCCGGGCUACCUGCUCGAUCAGAUGCCCGCAGAUGCCCCGCAGAAGCCCGAUGAGUGGAAUGACGUGCUGGCUGAUGUGGAGAGGCUAAUUAUGCCAGGGGUAACGCACUGGAAUCAUCCCGACUUCCACGCCUACUACCCGCUCGCAAACUCCUUCGCUUCUUUACUAGGUGACAUGCUAUCAGGUGGUAUCUCAUGUGUCGGGUUUUCUUGGAUUGCCAGUCCAGCAUGUACAGAGCUCGAGAUGACGAUGAUGAAUUGGUUAGGAAGGAUGUUGAAUCUUCCUGAAUCCUUCUUAUUCAAUGAAACAAGGCAGGGAGGAGGAGUCAUUCAGGGUACAGCAAGUGAAUCAACUCUAGUAGCCUUGCUGGCAGCUAAGAUGAAGGCAAUAAGACAGGAGAUAGAAAAGGAUCCGAGUCUUGAUCAGUAUGACGUCAUGUCCAAACUAGUCGUUUACACAUCAGACCAGAGUCAUUCAUCAGUCGAAGCAGCUAUGAUUGCUAGUCUUCGCAUCAGACAGCUAGCCACCGAUGACAAAGGUUCUCUGAGAGGGGAUGUACUCCAGAAAGCCAUAGAAGAAGACAAAGCCAAAGGGAAAAUCCCUGUUUACCUCUGUGCUACACUCGGGACAACCACGUCAUGUGCGUUCGAUAAUCUCAAGGAGCUGGGUCCAAUAUGUAGAGAUGAGGGCUUGUGGUUUCACAUUGAUGCUGCAUAUGCCGGUAAUGCAUUUAUAUGCCCAGAAUACAGACAGUUUUUAGAAGGUGUCGAGCUUGCAGAUUCAUUCAACUUGAACCCUCACAAGGUUCUUCGAGUGACCUUUGACUGCUCUGCCCUGUGGGUCAAAGACAGGUCAGCGUUAGAGGGCGCAUUCCAUGUUGAUCCAGCCUACCUCCAGCACCAGCAUCAAGACACAGUCAUCGACUACAGGCACUGGCAAAUCCCAUUAAGUCGUCGGUUCAGAUCUCUCAAACUUUGGUUCGUGUUUCGACUGUUUGGAGUUGAGAAACUUCAAGAAUACAUCAGAAAGUCGGUGUCUCUUGCAAAGGAAUUCGAAGCCCUCGUGGUCGAUGACAACCGAUUCGAAAUCGUUGCCGAGGUUGUGCUAGCUCUGGUAUGCUUUAGAUUGAAGGGAUCAGACGUUUUGAAUAGAACUUUGUUGGAUCGCAUCAACGCCAAUGGUAAGAUACACAUGAUCGGUUCGGUGCUAAAAGGUCGUUACAUCCUUAGAAUGGUCGUGUGCAAUCCGAAAACCGAGUCGAGUCACAUGACACAUGCCUGGGAGGUCAUCUCAGAACUCACCACUAAACUCCUAGCCGAUGAGACUAACUAAUAGACAUGCUGCAGACUUGGCUAAACUCUAGUUCAAGAUCAAUUUCAUUUAUCCUUCUUUGAACAUGAAUGUAUACAAUUUAACAAAUUUAUAACAUGUAGAGUAUAUAAAAGGAACAAUAAGGAACAAGUUCAUAUAACGCAUUUAAGUGAAAAGGAAAGGCGAGGAGACCUUAAGAAAAGCUUAGCUUGUAGAGGUCAUGGCCCCGUCUUACAAAGACUUGAUAUAUCAAUCGCAACUAUGUACGACACGGCACUAAUAUCCUUUGGCAAGAUAUUUACCUGCACUUGCUACUCUCCA